AUGUUUAAUCCCGAUGYUGCCUACCCUUUUAUUGCGGACACUAUGGAACAUACCUCGUAUUGUCCGAACAUUUAUCCAGUAAUGGUCGAAAUACGAUGUGGUCUGGUUCUUGAAGACUUAUAUUUGAACUAUGUUAAGAAGAUGCUUCAACUAGAAGAAGUGGAAGAGAWUUACAGAAUAUUUUACAAAAUGAUCAACGGAGUCAAUGUGUUUGCAUUUUCUACCAUCGGUUACUUGAUGUAUUCUUUCGCACAAAUAUUUAUGUUUUGUAUUCAUGGCAAUGAACUCAUCGAAGAAAGUUCAUCUGUAAUGGAAGCGGCUUACGGUUGCCACUGGUAUGAUGGAUCCGAAGAAGCUAAAACAUUCGUGCAAAUAGUGUGUCAACAGUGUCAAAAGCCUUUGAUUGUGUCUGGGGCGAAAUUCUUCAAUGUUUCAUUGGAUUUAUUUGCAUCAGUUCUAGGUGCUGUAGUAACAUACUUUAUGGUUUUGGUGCAGCUUAAAUAAAACCAUUCAAUAAUAAAUACAGCUAUACAGGAUGAUUCACAAAGCAUGUUUAGUAUCCUCGCCUUCUUUUUAUCUUUUAAUAGUGAAUGUAUUCAAAUUGAAWUUGAAACUGAUUUUUAGAAUUUUUAAGAAUAGAUUUAGGAUUCUAUUUUCAAAAUUAAAAUAUUAAACCAUUCAAAGAAUAUAUUUAGGGAUGACUAUUUUGAAAUGAGAAUUACCUUUUGUACUGUCUACUGUUAAUACAAUUAUAUUUUUGAAUAUCUUGAACGAUCUAAUUCGUCAAGAAUAUACAUACAUCAGAAUAGUUUCUGAAUUAUUAAACUAAAAAAACUAAUGAUAAUAGUGUUUAAUAAUGGUUUCCCAGUUUCACAUAAAAUAUAUGUAAUAAUUAGCUUAGUAUUUAUUACAU